ACUUCCUCUGAGUUUGUGUUGACAGUUAGCACGUGAGAAAACUUUAGCAGUAUUACAGUUAAAAGAUUAAUAUUUUAGGGCUGUUCUACGUCUUAAACAUAUGCCAUGAGGGCCGCCUUUUACUAACCCGAAACUGAAGCGAUGCCUGCCCGUCUUUUCAGAAUGGAAACGUUAGUGUUGGUGUUAGUUAGCCAGCGCGCUAGCCGGUUAGCUGCGUAAGUUUAGCCAUGUUGUUGCUGAGCUGCUGCUGCAGGCGGCUGAGACUGUAAUCAGUUUCAGCUCAACCCCAUCCCAAAAACUCACACACUCAUCUGUUAUGCUCUUACUCGUUCUGAAUAACCUCUGCGCUAUGGACACCGAAGCUAUUGUGAUCCGAAUAAAGACGCCGGUUGGAGACAUGGACUCUUCAGUGGACUGUCCUUCCCUGCUGAGCUUCAACGAUUUACUGGUUGCAAUCAGAGACGUCAUGCCAGAGGCGACAGUUACAGCAUUUGAAUAUGAAGAUGAGGUCGGUGACAGAAUCACAGUUCGGAGUGACGAAGAGCUCAAAGCCAUGCUGUCAUACUACUGCAACACGGUGACAGAGCAGCGCAUGAAUGGACUUCUACCAGAGCCGCUGCAGAUCUUUCCACGAGCCGGCAAGACUCCUGGGAUCCGGAACAUCCACGGCCUCAAGGUGAACACACGACCUGGAUCGUCCAGCAGCCGCGGACCCUCUCCUGCUGACUCUCUGCCCAACAACAGUUUAAAGAAGUCCUCAGCAGAGCUGAAGAAAAUAUUGACCAAUGGCCAGAUAAAUGAACAAGACAUCCAGUACCAGGAGCAACUUGGCCAUGGAAAUGGAGGCACCGUAUACAAAGCAUACCAUCUCCUGGGGAAGAGGGUUCUGGCAGUAAAGGUCAUUCCUCUUGACAUCACAGUGGAGCUGCAGAAGCAGAUCAUGUCUGAGCUAGAGAUUCUUUACAAGUGCGACUCUCCGUACAUCAUAACAUUCUACAGUGCUUUCUUUGUGGAGAAUAGAAUAUCAAUAUGCACUGAGUUUAUGGAUGGUGGGUCUCUGGAUGUGUACAGAAGAAUUCCAGAGCAUGUCCUGGGCCGGAUUGCUGUGGCGGUGGUGAAAGGGCUGACUUAUUUGUGGAGCCUGAAGAUUUUACACAGAGAUGUGAAGCCUUCCAAUAUGCUGGUGAACACUCGAGGCCAGGUCAAACUCUGUGACUUUGGAGUCAGCACACAAUUGGUGAAUUCCAUCGCAAAAACCUAUGUCGGAACCAACGCAUAUAUGGCGCCGGAACGAAUAUCAGGGGAGCAGUAUGGCAUACAUUCAGAUGUAUGGAGUGUAGGAAUCUCAUUCAUGGAGUUGGCGCUUGGCCAUUUCCCCUAUCCACAGAUUCAGAAAAACCAAGGUUCCUUAAUGCCUCUCCAGUUAUUGCAGUGCAUCGUUGAUGAGGACCCUCCUGUGCUUCCAGUUGGUCAGUUCAGUGAGAAAUUUGUGCACUUCAUAACACAGUGCAUGAGAAAGCAACCAAAAGAACGUCCUGCUCCCAAUAACCUUAUGGACCACCCCUUCAUCAAGCAGUAUGAUGAUGGCAAUACAGAGGUGGUAUCCAUGUGGGUGUGCCGAAGCUUGGAGGACCGCAAAUCCCAGCAAGCUCAGGGACUAAUGUGAGGCAUCAUGGGAAGUGGAAUCCAGUCGUCAUAUUUCAUUCUUCACUGAGUCUUUAGGGGUAUAUCGGCUGAGCUUACUUGAAGGAGACCACCCGACUCCAUGCACAGAGCCCAGAGGACUUUUCAUUGCAGCCAUUGGCUUCAAUAACCCUGAAUCUACAGCUUGAUUUUUUUUUUGUGUGUUUGUGUUUUUUCCCCACUGCUUUAGCAAACUGCGGUGUGAAUGUUUGAGAAAAUGGCCUCUUUGCAGAUGGACCAUGAAGCGAGGGCUGCUUAAAAGGGUGAUCCAUAGCAUUAAUUUCACAAAACAGGACAGGCUAGGACACUCUAUAAUGCAGCAUAAGCGUUUUGCAGUUUGACCCAGAUGUCAGGUCAUGGGAAACCCUCGUGGGUAUAUUUUGACAAGCUUGGACAUCUUGUGCUCAUACAUCUGCCUCACUUUGUGCCUGAUGAAGUUCAUCAAGCUGAAUUAACCCUGAUCGGACUGCAUUUGCCAAGCACUAACCUUGGGACAUUUAGCACUGGGAUAUUUUCUUUCAUGAAAGAUUAGCAUGAUGUUAAGACAUGGCACAUUUCUUCUGUAGUAGACAAUAUUAGUGCAGUGCUAAUACAGGACAUACACUUGUAAACAGAAAUCAGAGCAGAGCAUCUCAGGAAACAAAUAAAUUAGCGUAAUGAGUUAGCAUAAUGCUAAUGUAUCCAUUCUCCUGGAGACAGUGCUAAAUGAUAUAACGUUUUGCACGCAGUAGUUUAUAUUGUCUGAGGAAUUUCAGUUCUACCAAAUAAUGGAAACCCGGUAUGUAACGUCACCACUGUACAAUCGUAGACAAAUAUUACUUAGCUAUUAUUUCAACUUGUGGGGAGAAUUGGAUUUAUAACUUUCAUAUUUUUAACCUUUUGUUUAAGUACAUAUUUGAGUAUGUGAAUGCCAAUGCCAGUAUAUCUUAAGUGUUUAACUGAACUGACCCCACUAAUCUCUUAGGAAUCCAUACGGCAAAUCAGCAUCACCCUCCCUCCCCACUUCUCCAUGUAAUCAUUCCACUGCAGGGGGUAAAUCAUUUCUGCUCACUGUUCUAUUAACCACUGACAGCUGCUGACUAACGUGGCUCAUAUGUUACAGAUGCAUCUACCCGCCACAUCUGCCUGUUAUAUUAAUACUGUAUGAGCGACAUGUAAUUAUUUGUACUUUUCUUCUUUGUUUUUUAGUCCAAAAAAUGAAGUAGUGGAGGCGUGGUAUACACUAUAUGUCCAAAAGUAUCCAGACACACUUUUUUUCAUUUGUGAAUUAAGGGGCACCCAUUGCUAGCACAGGUGUUUAUCUGAGCACACAGCUUGUAUAAUCUCCAUAAAUAGGCAUUAGCAAUAGAAUGGGAUGCUCUAGAGCAGUUACAUAUGGGCCUAAGGUCAUCAUGCCCAAUGCCAGGCAAAGGCUAGUGGGGUAUAAAGCCCCCUACUUUUCUCUAGAGUGAUGAAGCAUCAUCCAGUACCUCUGGAUGGAGUGGUGUUUGUGAUCUAGUUUGUGAUACCUGACCAACCAGUUUCAACAUCUGGAGUACUGUGCAAAAGUCCCAUCAUUUAUUUAGUUUCCAGUCAAAACAGCCAUUAAGUACAAGUUAUUCAUUUUUGGGAGAUAUUCUGAAGAAAUCUACUUGAGUAACAAAGGGGAAAGUCAAAGGAAAAACUUUCAGGAACUAAAGUUUGAGAUAACUGAGCUUAACUAAAAAUCUUCUUUAAACUGUACUGUUUCUUCAUUGAUUUAAUUUCCAGUCAAAACAGCCAUUAAUAAAGUUUAAAAACAUAAAGUUUUUCAUUUUUCUAGAUAAUUUUCUGAGGAAAUUAGGUAUAAGAUAAUUUGCUUGGUUAAAGAAGGACAAAGUCAAAGGAAAAAACAAGAAAAGCAGGAGAUUCAACAAAUUAGGAGAAAAAAAGAAAAUGGGUUUCCUAACAACUAUGUGAAACCUGGUAGACCACCAAAAUUGAGAUAAACAGUACUUGAAGCUUCAAGAGAGAGAAAUAAAUCAAGUUCCACUCUUGCUUCAGAUCUGAAAAAAAAUCUACCGGUGUUUUUGUCCAUCCUUGCACUGUGAGAAGACAACUCAACAAUAUGUCCCUGAAUGACUGUUUAGCUGUCUAGAAGAGGUGACUGACAAAAAGGAAAUAGAUAGAAAACGUCGAAUCUCUAGGAAAAUAGAUAGAAAUGUAGAAUUCUGUUCUCAGAACAACGCACUGGCCACCCUGGAGUCCAGAUCUCAACAUCACUGAACGUGUUUGGAACUGCUUGGAUUAUGAGAAGCAGAAAAAGCAAACCAACUCCUAAGACUGAAAAUUGGGAGUUUCAAAAACAGUUUUCUUUGAAAAACUGAAAGCAAGUCUACCCAAAAGAAUGAAGGAUGUGAUAAAGACAAAGAGUGGACACAUUAAAUUUCUUUAUCCUGAUGCUGAGAAAAAGAAUAACUUGUACUUAAUGAGACGGAUUGUCUCUGCUUUUAGCACAGUGCUGUAGUGUAAAGCUUUCUGAUUAGAGGAGAGUCUGUUACUAUAGAUAUGGGAGCAAACUGCCAUGUUUUUCAGAAGAAACAGAUCAGUAGAAGUCUACAGACUUUUGGAAAUAUAGUCUAUAUUAAAGUGUUAAGGACACCCCACACCACUUUACAUAAAAAAAGAGAUUCAAAAAUCAGUCACUGAGAAAAUUCCAGUAAGAUUUUAUACAGUAGAGCAUUAUUUCCCUAGACUAAGGCUAUUUGAAGGUUUCAGAUGGGUUUUUAAACAUGCUGCCAAAUAUUCAUUCACCAAAAGCAUCUUCAUGUAUACUGUGUGAAGGUUUCUUUUGUUAAUUAGGUUUUAUUUAGUAUUUAGUCUUUAAUCAAAGGGUUGAGCUACACUAUAUCCAACAGCUAUUUGCUUUGUAAAAACACAGAAGUGUGGUUGUUCUGAGUUGCUCUCUGAUAUUGCCAUCUGACCUUGGCCACAUAAUGCAAAGCCGUUAAAGUUUGCACACCUUGGACUUUUACUGAGUAAAUGAAAACCGUUCAAAACUUUACUGCCUCUGUUGAUGAUGUCUUCUCAACAGUUCACUUCACUCUCUUAAUAUAAAAGAACUAACGGAUUAUUCUAGCCAUUAAAAGGCUGUUUUAAUGGGUGCGGUUGAAAAUGCUUUUUCUGUGAAGAUAUUCAAAAGCGUUCCUGUAUCUUUUUUUAAGUGCUUAUUUAUUUGUCUGAAUCCAUUUGUAGGUGAACAAACAGCACAAGCUUGAUCAUUAUUGUGAAAAAUAAUGUGACGUUUUCUCUCCUCUAUCAGCUGAAAUGGUCUUGCUCUGGAAAAUAUUGUGGCUAUAACAAGACAUUAGGGUUAAUAUAAAAUACAGCUAAGUUCAAAAAUGACUUGUUCUCCUGCCGUUGUUUGAAACAUCAUUUCCUGCUUAGCGGGGAGAAUCUCUUUUACACUGUCAGGUGUUUAAAUGUGUUUGAGAAACUUAAAAAUAUUACAGCCUGUUUGAAAAGCAAGCUGCAGAAGGUUUUUUGAGACACCAAGCAGCUUUCCUUACACUGUCAUGUUUCUGAAUGAGUCAUUUGUCAUCAAUGAUCUGUUUGGACUUAGAAUGAAUUUGUUUAUAUGCUAGUUUCAUUUCUUCAUUCAUGCACUGAGAUCUUGACCUUGUCAUGUUUGCACAUGUGCCACUUCUACACUUCUGUCAAAGGUAUCAAUCGCGACUCUUCUUUAUAUUUUAGACUUGAUAUUCUUUCAUUUAUCUACUCAUCGUCACUGUCCAAAGAAAAACAACUAUUUCUAAAAUAGUAAGUUUACAGGAGUGGGCAAAAACGCUCUUACUUUUUAAUGUAAGUUAAUGUAAAGAGCCCCCCCCCCCCCAAGUGAUUUUGGAGAAAAAUGGAGAUACAUGAUUUUCUUUGGACAGCGACGCUAUGCUGCAGUAUUUAAAGCUCAUUCACUGUUAUUUACCUGUAAGCCUUAACAGUAGAGUUCCAUUUGAUGAAACUAAGUUAGUGGUUAGUAAGCAGCCUCAUUUACUUACAUACUUAAGUAAUGUUUUGUUGGAUUUGUACUUUUCUGUUUAUUUUAAAUGGUGUCACUUUGCUUGCAUUUGGUUCCAAAGAUGUUUUUUGGGUUCUGUUUUGUUUGAUUCUAUUGGCUCGCUGCCCAGACUGUUUUGCUGUUACUCAUUUUUGAGGUUUAGCAUUUUGUUUUAGACCAAAAUGUUUCCAAAAGAGAAUAGCACUUGCUAGUAGAUGCCAGAUGCACUGUAGGAGGUUCUACUGGGAACUCAGUAUUGGAGUUAUUGGACCUGAUGUUGCUUAGUUGUUUACUGUUACUUUGUGCUUUGCAGUGGUUAAGCUAGUCUACCCUCUGGGUCAGUCUACCCUUAGAUUCCAAUGGGUCAGUGACAUGACAUGCUUUUUUGUGGUGUGUGUCCAAGUACAUUAAUUUCCUAUAAAAUCAUUUAUUAAAUACA